AUGAUGAUUAGAUUUGACUAACCUCUAAACUCUUGUGGCUAUUGGAAUAAUUUUUGCUUUUGCGUUACAACCACAAAUUAAAUUACUAUCUUAGAUUAAUAAAAUGAUCAAAAGCUCUAUUAGUUCUAAGCCAUAAAAAUGAUGAAUUUCAUGAAGAUUACUUAAUUGAUGUUAUGGCUGAUAAUGAAUUUAAAUAUUUUGUAGGAAAUGGCAAGGAAAUACAUUAAAAAAAUGAAAAAUAAGAGAUAGUUGCUUUAUAUGGAUCCAAUUCUACUGAAUAGAUUAGACAUAUUAAAUAAUUAAAGGAUUGUUAUUUGUUAUUCAGUGAAAAAUGGGUUACUUGAAAUUUUGAAACCAUAACCCUAUCUUUACUAACCCUAAUCAAUAGAAUAGGAAGCAUAAGAUUUAAUUGAGGAAGAAGACAACAAUAAAAAACAAAAAAAAAGAGGAUGA